AGCAAAACUUUAAAAGCAUCGAUACAAACAAAUAAUUAGAUAAUUUUACGAACAACUGCGACCGGCCCGCACGUGUAGUGAAGUUCAAUUGCAAGUAUCAAUUAAGUUUUAGUUCAUUAAAGCGCUCCAGAUUGCAUUUAAUAAUAUAGAAAUGGCUGCUGCUAUUAAGAGAAUCAUCCCCAUGUUGGAUCGCAUUCUGGUGCAACGCGCUGAAGCUCUAACCACAACCAAAGGCGGCAUUGUCUUGCCCGAGAAAUCUGUGGGAAAAGUGCUGGAAGGUACUGUUGUGGCCGUUGGACCCGGUGCCCGCAAUGCUACCAAUGGCAACCAUGUUCCAAUUGGCGUUAAGGAGGGUGACCGCGUUCUGCUGCCCGAAUUUGGGGGCACCAAGGUUCAAUUGGAUGAGAAAAAGGAGCUGUUCCUUUUCCGCGAGUCAGAUAUCUUGGCUAAACUAGAAUAAACCAUGUUUCAUUUCAAUUAGUACGUAACCCUAACAAAUAAACGUUUAAUGCAAUGUUUUUGUUUGCAUGACCCACAAAAUAAA